AGACACGUCCGAGAUAGCACCGGAAGUUGAUUUUUAUUUUUGAAAACGAGGAAGAACCGUACAACAUAUUCUCGUUUGCUCUUCUUUAUGCACACUUAGGAUAGCUUUUUUCAUUUUUUUAUAGAUUAUUAUAGAGAAAAAUGCCUGUUAUUUGCGCGGCUACUGGGUGCAACAACAAGUUUGUAAAAGGAUCAGAAAUACGAUUUUACAGGUUUCCACUCAGCAAACCUCAACUUGCCAACAAAUGGGUGCAGAGCCUGGGGCUGAAAAACUUUAUACCAACACCAAAUACCUGCCUUUGUUCAGAACAUUUUCGGACAGACUGCUUCAGAGAACACGACGGCAAACAGUUUUUGAGGGAGGAUGCAGUGCCUACGCUGUUCACCCAUGGGCAGGAUUCAUCAAAGAUUGAACUACGAAAAAGAGCUGUGGUACCAAAGGAGGCAAACAACGUAAGUCCAACAGUAGCACAAGUGGACAGAGACAGAACUCGAGAAACUGCCAACAUGCGCCGAGACAAAAGGGGAGGAAUAAGGGGUGGACGGGGAGGCCGUGGAGGAAAACAGUUCUCUGAUAGGCAGAAUACUGCAGCCAAAAGCAGAGUGUAUGACAACAAAGGCCGACUGAUCUCUAAUGGCAACGACAUGUGUGACUGUCUGGAUGUGGACUGUAUGGGCUGUUUUUAUCCAUGCCCGGAGUGUGGCUCACGCAAGUGUGGUGUGGAAUGCCGCUGUGAUAGGAAGUGGCUUUACGAGCAGGUGGAAGUGGAAGGUGGAGAGAUCAUACGGAAUAAGUUUGCAGUUUAGUUACCAGUCACUGUGAAAGAUUUUUUGUGGAAAGUGUUCCUAUGAAAACUGUUGAAGUGAAAUAUUGUAAAGAAUACGUUUUUCUUGUUCAUUUUUUGGGCCGUGCUUUGUUUUUUUUUUCUAUACUAUACAAAAUAUUCUGUACAUUCAUAUUGUACUUUGUGUAAAUAAAGUUUUUGCAUAGAUGGCUGACCUGUU